AUGAAUACUACUAAUACUACAACUAACAAUAUUAUUAAUGAUACUAUAUGUUUAGAGAUAUAUUCAUCAAUGAUUUGGCCUGAUUACAAUGUUAGUAGUAUGGUAUUAAGAAGUGAUUGGCAAUUAAAUGCUACAUUACAACAAACUACAACUAUUACAGAAUGUAUUCCAAAUAAUGGAAUAGUUAUGGCUCUUAUAUUCAUGUCUGUAUUAACCGCUACAAUAGCAUUUUCAUUAGUUGCUUUCUUGUUAGCAAGAUGUUAUCGACGACGGAAAAUGUAUCGUGAAGGACCUAAUAAACUAAUUCUUUAUCCAGAUGAUGUUGUAUUCAUGAAAACUCAAAAAACAGUUAAACAUACUACACCAAGUAAUGUUGAUCUACGUUUUCCAACAAUGACUAGUGAAACAAAACUUAAUGGAUCAACAACCAGUCAUAUAAAUCAAGGUAAAAUAGACAAUCAAGCAAGAUCAUUGGUGUCAGUUAUGAGUGGUGAUGGAAUUGAAGAUACAAAUGUUGCACGUUAUAGUAAUGGUUUAAUUUAUAUAAAACGUUUAGAAUUGAAUAAUGCUGCAUUAAAGAGAAAAUUUUUAGAUCAUGUACGUUUGUUAAGAGAGAUCCGUAAUGAAAAUGUCAAUCCAUUGAUUGGUUGUUAUGUUGAUAUUAGUGCAUUAUGCCUGGUAUUUGAUCAUUGUACAAGAGGAAGUUUAAAAGAUAUAAUCAAGAAAGAGUCCAUAAAUUUAGAUUGGGAAUUUAAACUUUCCUUAAUAACGGAUGUCGUCAAAGGUAUGAGAUAUAUUCAUUCAUCUCCAAUUAAAAAACAUGGUUGGCUUAAAUCUACAAAUUGUUGUGUAGAUGGUCGAUGGGUUGUAAAAAUAACCGAUUAUGGAUUAACAGAAAUUUUCAGUAUUUAUGGUACUAAUCGAAAGAUGAAAGAUGAAGAAUGGUUAUGGACAGCACCAGAACAUUUACGAGAAGAAACAAAUAUUUAUAGUGGCAGCCCGAAAGGUGAUGUUUAUUCAUUUUCUAUUGUGAUGCAAGAAAUUAUUACACGGGAUGAACCUUAUGGAAUGCUUGGAUUAAGUGCAUCAGAAAUAUUGAGUAAAGUUCGUAAACCACCACCACUAUGUCGACCGAAAGUUUCACAGUCUGAAGCUCCUCCAGCUUAUUUAGAAUUUAUGAAACGUGCAUGGGCAGAAAGUCCUGUAAUGAGACCAACAUUUGAAGAAAUCUAUCAACAACUUAGACAACUUAAUCAAGGAAAAAAAAUCAACAUCGUAGAUCAUAUGUUCAAGAUGAUGGAAAAGUAUUCAGCUGACUUAGAAGAUCAAGUACGUGUUCGUACAGAAGAAUUGGAAACUGAAAAGAAAAAGACUGAAUUACUAAUAGCAAGGAUGCUUCCUCCUGUUGUAGCGGAAACCCUAAUGUCUGGUAAACCCGUUUGUCCUGAAGCAUUUGAUGAAGUGACAAUCUAUUUCAGUGAUAUUGUUGGUUUUACAACAAUAUCUGCAUUGUCUACACCAUUUCAAGUUGUUGAUUUGUUAAACGACCUUUAUACAAUGUUUGAUUCAACAAUUGACUUUUAUGAUGUAUAUAAAGUUGAGACAAUUGGAGAUGCAUACAUGGUUGUCUCCGGUUUGCCAAUACGUAAUGGUCAGUUGCAUGCAGGAGAAAUUGCUACUAUGGCUUUAGAUCUGUUGAGUGAAUGUGGAACAUUUGUAAUUCGUCAUAUGCCAGAUGUACCACUUCGUUUACGCAUUGGAUUGCAUUCAGGAUCAUGUGUUGCUGGUGUAGUUGGAUUAACAAUGCCACGAUAUUGUUUGUUUGGAGAUACAGUGAACACUGCAUCUAGAAUGGAAUCAACAGGAUCUGCUUUUCGUAUUCAUGUUAGUCCAACUACAAAAUCAAUUCUGGAUGUUUUGGGCGGUUAUCAUUUACAAUUACGUGGUAAAGUUGAAUUAAAAGGCAAAGGUUUAGUUGAUUCAUUUUGGUUAAUUGGAAAAGAUAAUUUCAAUAAACCCCUACCUGAUCCACCGCCAUUAAUUGAGGGAGAUAAUCAUGGUUUGGCUUCUCUACUUAAACCAGAAGAAAUAAAAGCAAUGGCUGAAAAAAAUAAAACCGAUAGUAUUGAAUCAGUUGAAAAGUUGAAAAAUGAAGAUAUGCAAACCCACGAAGAAGAAAAAACACAUGGUAAUAAUUCACUUAGACGAAAAUCUAGCAGUUAUUCAGUCCAUUUUACUGGAGAAAAUUCCGAUCAGCCUAAUAGAUCUUCACAGAAUACUGAACGAAAUAAAACUGAUAAAACACAUCGUAGAUCAAGCAAAGGUCCAUUGCCUCCAGUUAAUUGA